UAAAAUCUUACAGGGCUAGUGGCAUUCGAUGUUGGGUCUGAAAGUUUCCUCCUGAUACCUCUUCCUCCUGCAACAUAUGAAUAUUUCGGAAAGUCAUACGGGGUAGAAUUGGACGGGCGGUUUGCUGUCAUGUAUGUCCACCAGAACAAUCAGGUUAUUGCUUGGAGUUUGGAGAUGGCAGCGCCAUCUUGCUGGAAGAAGCAUGUUUUCCCCUUUCCAUUAGAGGAAGGGGUUCUGGAGUCAGAGAGUGAAUUUUUUUCCAGGCCUUUUAUUACUGCUACUCCAGCUGGGGAAAUCCUAUUGUUAACGUUAAAGGGAACACCUUCUCUUUGGGUUUUAUUGGAUAAGUUCGGGGCAGACCCUGUUUGGAAGGAAUUUCGAAUUAGGGAGCUUGCUGCCAUUCCUACCGGUAUUUGGAAAUCGUCUGAAGUUGUUGUUGGCCAAAACAUUGCCCAGAAUCGCUUUUACUUGGAUUAAUCUUGCUGGGAAACGCCACACUGGUCUUCUCUUACUCUCUACCUUAACAUUUCAUUUCGUCAUAAUCAUGUCUUACCAUUGUGUUAAUCUUUCAUUUACUUCUUUAGUUUCAUCUACUAAGCAAUUUAGUUAGAUGGUCAUAUACUCAUAUGGAAUAUUCAUUAUGCCUAAAAGUAUAAUUCACUGUACCCAAUUUCUUUGGGAUUUUAUUGGGACAGACUACAAAUUGGUUUGUUUCUUUUGUUAGUGUGACUAUUAGCUUGGUGCAUUGUCACUCUGUAUUAGUGUGUGAUGCUUAAAUCUGUUAAAACUCUUUGAUUUACUUUGAGUGAUACAACUAAGCAAGAAAUUCUUUGCAUUCUUCUCUUUUGGUGACUGCAUUUGUAUGAUACAAACAUAUGGAGUAAUACAUAACAUGUCUUUACAAAUUUUAAUCUUAGGCAAUCAGCAGAACCUUUCCAUUCGGCAAGAUAAUACUAUGUAUAACUAUGAACGGCUGCAUAUGUGGUGGAGAUUGGUAAUAUAUGCCCCAGAAACUCAUGUCAACUUCAAAUUUGCUUAUUCGUGACAGUUGCAAAAGUUUAAUUUUUAAUUAAUUUAGGUGUCAAUUUUGUAGUGUUGUCUGUGAACAUAAAGUGUAAUGUACCGAAAUAUGAAUAUACUUACUAAACAUGACAACCAUUUUUUACUUGGACCGAAAUACACAUUCAUUCACACAUCUGUUCAAUUACAUUUAAAGUAAGCAUUAAUAGUCAUCCCAAACAAGGCCAUACAUAACUCUUGUACAUAUCAUGUACUCGUAUAUUUUUUUUAUACCUUGAAGUGCUUUCACCUUUUUUAACCCAAUAGGCAAACCACCAUCAGUGGGUAAAUGUCGGGGAACAUUUACCAAAAUGUAUUAAAAGAAAAAAAUAAAGUACAAGUGAGAGGGGAAUUAAAAACCAAAAAUUACGAAAAAACAAAUUAAAGCACCAGAUAUGGAACCCCAUCUAUGUCCGAUUGAAUACACUAGGUAAUUCUCCAAUUGAGUAAAACUCAGUCAAGCAAUUAUAACCCAAUGGUUCCGAAAGUACAGCCGCAAGGUUGCCCUCCUUAGGAAUAUGCUCAUAUACUACUUCCUUCAAGGAUUUGCAGUGCAGCCAGAUCUCCCUUAAUGACCAAAGAGGACUAUUUCGAAGAAUAAAAAUAUUUGUAAGCUGCGUGGCAUGAAACUCACAUCCCGGUUUUUAAGCGCAAUGUUUUUCAAUAAUUUAUUUUAUUCACUUCCCUAUUGAAUAGACAUAAUUUACACUUGAUGAAAAACAUGCUCACUAAAUUUCAUCACAAAAUUCCACCCGGAAGCACCUCAAGUGGAGGUGGCCUGACGGCGGUUCCGAUCAGGCCGGCCUGACAUGAAUGUUCACAUAUAUACAUAUAUGUAUGUAUGUAUGUAUGUAUGUAUGUAUGUAUGUAUGUAUGUAUGUAUGUAAGUAUGUAUGUAUAUGUGUGUGUGUAUAUAUAUAUCUUAAAAUCAUAUAAAACCAACGGUGUUUAGGGCAUUUGAGGUAUGAUAAUGUUGGUGAUAAACUAAAUCAAAUUGUAGUUGUACAAUUUCUUAAAGUCAUUGUACCAUUCACAAUUAACCACUAUUUAUCCUUACCUCCCUUAGUUUUAAACAGCGCGAGGCGGCACGAGGCUUUUUCAUUGAUUUACCCGAGGUGCGAAGCGGUGAAGAAAUGCACGUCUGGGUUACCUUUCUAGUCCACGCAAGCAGGGGAUUUGCAGCUCUUAUAUACACCAUUGAGAGAGGUAACCAAUGAGCUUUUUGUUGACCAUGAACCAGUUGCAGGUUAAAAUCUUAUUGGGUUACUGCCUUACUGGGGCUACGUCUUACAAUCCCUGAAAGCAUCCAAGCUUCUUGAUAAGGUCAAGACUGAAUUGUAAAACCAUGUGGCUCCAUGAACUUAUCAUUUUCAUGGGUGUAGUAUUAAAGAGUUCUGGCCUCUUUCGAACUCACAGGAACACAGAUACACAUCCACUGGUUGUCCUUUAUAGGUUUCUCAAGAUCCUCAUAAGCCAAGCUCCAUUCAGAACAGUGGAAACACUGUUCCACAUCAAACCUUUCACCUUCUAAUUUCAGUGGCGAAGUUCAGGUAUUAUACACAACAGGAGGGUGAAAAUCAAUUUUCACAUUUCCCAUUAUAGUUUGUUUGUGCACUUGGAAUCUUGGAUUACAAUAAUUGUCAUUUUCAUUGAAGCUUUGAUUAAUUUUACAGGAGGGUGAAAAUCAAUUUUCACAUUUCCCAUUAUAGUUUGUUUGUGCACUUGGAAUCUUGGAUUACAAUAAUUGUCAUUUUCAUUGAAGCUUUGAUUAAUUUUUCCGUAAAAGAUGAAACUUUAUUAUAAUAAGUUUGCUAUUGACAAUAAAAAGGCUGCAUAUUGACUUGACGUGAUGCUGGCAUGGCGAUCCAUGUCACUUUUUCACCCAUUUCCUUUAUUUUUGUUCCUUUUUCCUUUUCUAUCUUGUC